AUGCUUCGUAUUGCCGCCGUCAAGGCCACCAGCAGUGGUAUGCUGCGCGGUGCUGCCACUUCGGCUUGCAGGAGAUCCCUCUCCCUUGCCUCUACCGCUAGACCUGCUUCUUCUAGCCAGAGCUCAAAAUUUGGCGUGGCCGCGAGACGGCCUCUCGCCGUUGUUGACGGCUUCUCGAAUGGCAGGAGACACUAUGCCGCGCCCGCCCAGGGCGCGGAACCGGGCGUGGACCCCAAUGAUUCCUUCCUUCAGGGUAGCACCGCCAACUAUAUCGAUGAGAUGUACAUAGCAUGGAAGAAAGAUCCAUCCAGUGUCCACAUCUCGUGGCAGACCUACUUCAAAAACAUGGAAGACGGCAAUAUGCCCAUUUCCCAGGCCUUCCAACCCCCUCCGACACUCGUUCCCACCCCUACCGGUGGUGUCCCGCAGACUAUGCCCGGCGCCGGUCUUUCCCUCGCGGCCGGUACCGAUGUCACGAAUCAUCUGAAGGUCCAGCUUCUGGUUCGCGCCUACCAGGCUCGUGGUCACCACAAGGCGAAGAUCGACCCUCUGGGCAUUCGCGGCGAGGCGGAGGCGUUUGGUUACAACAAGCCCAAGGAGCUUGAGCUGGACCACUACGGCUUCACCGAGCGUGAUCUGGAUGAAGAAUUAACUCUUGGCCCCGGCAUCCUGCCUCGCUUUGCGACGGAGGGGCGCAAGAAGAUGACCCUGCGGGAGAUUAUCGCUACUUGUGAGAAGAUCUACUGUGGCUCGUAUGGUGUGGAAUAUAUCCACAUUCCCGACCGGAAGCCCUGCGACUGGAUCCGCGACCGCUUCGAGAUCCCCGAACCAUACAAGUACUCGGUUGAUGACAAGCGCCGCAUCCUGGAUCGCUUGAUCUGGAGUCACAGCUUUGAGUCCUUCCUUGCCACCAAGUUCCCCAACGACAAGCGUUUCGGUCUGGAGGGUUGUGAAACCCUGGUCCCUGGUAUGAAGGCCCUGAUCGAUCGCAGUGUCGACUAUGGCGUCAAGGACAUCGUCAUUGGUAUGCCCCAUCGUGGUCGUCUCAACGUCCUCUCCAACGUCGUCCGGAAGCCCAACGAGUCCAUCUUCAGCGAAUUCGCGGGGUCGGCCGAGCCCUCUGAUGAAGGCUCCGGCGAUGUCAAGUACCAUCUGGGUAUGAACUUCGAGCGCCCAACUCCCUCCGGAAAGCGGGUCCAGCUGUCGUUGGUCGCCAACCCAUCCCAUCUGGAAGCCGAAGACCCGGUCGUUCUUGGAAAGACUCGCUCCAUCCAGCACUAUAACAACGAUGAGAAGGAAUUCAACUCUGCCAUGGGUGUCCUGCUCCACGGUGAUGCGGCCUUCGCUGCCCAGGGUAUCGUGUACGAAACUAUGGGUUUCCACUCCCUGCCUGCCUACUCUACCGGUGGAACGAUCCAUAUCGUUGUGAACAACCAGAUCGGCUUCACCACGGAUCCCCGCUUUGCCCGUUCUACCCCCUACUGCUCGGAUAUCGCCAAGUCCAUCGAUGCGCCUGUUUUCCACGUGAACGCGGACGACGUCGAGGCGGUCAACUACGUCUGCCAGGUGGCUGCCGACUGGCGUGCCGAGUUCAAGCGCGAUGUCGUCAUUGACAUUGUUUGCUACCGCAAGCAGGGCCACAACGAGACUGACCAGCCCUCCUUCACUCAGCCCUUGAUGUACAAGCGUAUCGCUGAGCAGAAGAACCAGCUGGACAAAUACGUCGAGAAACUGAUUGCCGAGGGUACCUUCACCAAGGAGGAUAUUGAUGAGCACAAGAAAUGGGUCUGGGGCAUGCUCACUGACAGCUUUGAUCGUAGCAAGGACUACCAGCCCACCGGCAAGGAAUGGCUGACCUCCGCAUGGAACGGUUUCAAGACCCCCAAGGAACUGAUGACCGAGGUCUUGCCGCACCUCCCUACCGGUGUUGAAGUUCCUCUCCUGAAACAUGUGGCGGAUAAGGUCAGCGAUGCUCCGGAAGGCUUCACCCUGCACCGCAACCUCAAGCGUAUCUUGGCGAACCGUAAGAAGGCCGUGGACGAAGGCAAGAACAUUGACUGGUCUACCGCUGAGGCCCUGGCUUUUGGCUCCCUUGUUUCUGAGGGCUAUCACGUCCGUGUCUCCGGCCAGGAUGUUGAGCGUGGUACUUUCUCGCAGCGCCACGCCGUCCUGCACGACCAGGAGAACGAGAACACAUAUACCCCACUACAACACAUUGCCGACGGGCAGGGCAGCUUUGUGAUCUCAAACUCCUCUCUGAGUGAAUUCGGAGCACUUGGAUUUGAAUAUGGCUACUCUUUGACCUCGCCUAAUGCGCUUGUGAUGUGGGAGGCUCAGUUUGGUGACUUUGCCAACAAUGCUCAGUGUAUUAUUGAUCAGUUCAUCGCUGCUGGAGAGUCCAAGUGGCUGCAGCGUUCUGGCCUCGUGCUGUCUCUGCCUCACGGCUAUGAUGGCCAGGGUCCCGAGCACUCUUCGGGUAGAAUGGAGCGCUAUCUGCAACUCUGUAAUGAAGAGCCCCGUGUCUUCCCCUCCCAAGACAAGCUCGACCGCCAGCAUCAGGACUGCAACAUGCAGAUUGCGUACAUGACCUCGCCGGGCAACCUAUUCCAUAUCCUGCGUCGCCAGAUCCACCGCCAGUUCCGCAAACCCCUGGUGAUCUUCUUCUCCAAGUCUCUCCUGCGUCAUCCGAUUGCCCGCUCCUCCCUUGAGGAGUUCACGGGUGAUUCUCACUUCCAGUGGAUCAUCCCUGACCCGGCCCACGGCGCGGAGAUCGAUGAGCCUGAGAAGAUCGAGCGGGUUAUCCUCUGCUCUGGCCAGGUGUACGCUGCCCUUACGAAACACCGCGAUGCCAAUGGCAUCCGUAACACGGCCAUCACUCGUGUCGAACAGCUCCACCCCUUCCCUUGGGCCCAGCUCAAGGAAAACCUGGACAGUUACCCCAAUGCCCGUAACAUCGUAUGGGCUCAGGAAGAACCCCUCAACGCCGGUGCCUGGAGCUACACCCAGCCUCGUAUCGAGACCUUGUUGAACCAGACUGAGCACCACAACCGCCGCCACGUUCUCUACGCUGGUCGCGCACCCAGCGCCUCCGUGGCCUCGGGUCUCAAGUCAGUUCACUUGAAGGAAGAGCAGGAAUUCCUUGAAGAUGCGUUCACUGUUCACCAGAAUCGAUUGAAGGGCGAGUAG